CACCGUCGGAGAAUUUGUGGAUGCCUCGGCCCCAUCUGUCGCGUCGUCGCGUCGCGGUCAUCCAGUACCUGGUUGGCUCAACGUAAGGCUAUUUUUCAGCCUUGCAGGUUUAAGGGCCUCCAUCAAAGUGACGUACGCGGGGCUCCAACAUCAAACUCAUGUAAUGCCCAGCUUUGACUUACUUCAACGACAUAAUAACUCCAACUCAAUCCUUUAAAUUCAUACUUUUAAGCCAUUAUGAGCUCCAUUAAAAUUCCAGAUGGGUUACCCAUUAUUGUCGCAGCCAGGUUCCAAGAAGCCAAGGAAUCGGGCGACCUUCUCGCCUUCGACAGCACAGCGGCAGUGUUGGAUGUGAAUGGCAUUCCUUUCCAACUCCGCUACUGCCCAACACUAAAAUCCAAACCCAAAUCCAACAGCCCCACCACCUCCUCCUCCACCCCCUUCAACCCCUUCCUCAACCCCCCCGCCCCCCUCUUCAUCACCCCCAUCGGCCCCUCCCACCACCUCGUCCUCAACAAGUUCGCCCUAACCCCCAACCACACCAUCCUCGCCACUUCGACCUUCGCCUCCCAAACCGACCCCCUCGCCGCUGACGAUCUAGAAGCCGUCUACGCCCUCCUCUCUGCCUAUCGCUCUGCAGGGCAGCGGCUCUUCGGGUUUUUCAAUAGCGGACCUCACUCGGGGGCUAGCCAGCCGCAUCGACAUGUUCAGUUUUUGCCUGUGGAUUCGAUGAGGAAGGGGUUGGGAGAGGGGGAGUGGGAGUUACUCGCCGAUAGAUUAGGGGAGGCGCAAGCGAAGAUCCCGUUUACGUAUUUUGCUGCGCCGAUAAAGGGAAGCCCCUCGCCGGAGAAGUUGCACGAGACGUAUUUGGCCUUGCAUAAGAUGGCGAGGUAUGCGAUGGAUACUUUUGAGAAGAGGGCAGGGAAGGAGGGGGGGGGGGAGAUGAGUUAUAACCUCGCCUUCACGGAUUCGUCGAUGGUGAUUUUGCCGCGGAGGGCGGAGGGCAUGGCGUUCCCUACUGGGCUAGAGGAUCCGAAGGAAACGGGUGUGGUGGCGCUGAAUGGCACGGUGCUGGGGGGUACGCUGCUGGUUAAGGAUGAGUUAGAGUGGAAGGCGCUAAGGGAAGAUGGAGGGAAGUUGAAGGAGGUGUUGGAGAGGAUUGGGAUUCCGUUUUCGGCGUUUGCGGGGGACAUUUUGGGGUGGAAGGGGGCGCCGAGUGGUGCGUUAUAG